CGAUACGCCGCGCGUCACGUGCUGCCGACCGCGACCAAUAGCGAGCGAGCGGCGGGCGGGGGCCGCUCUCCGCCGCCAGUGCACGACCACACGCCGAGCGGGACGGUCGCUCGCUCGCCACCGCUCCAUUCCACCGAAAACCGGUCCGAUCUAAACCCGUGUCAUGUUAUAGUGUAGUGCCAUGAGUGCGUGGACGGAGGAAGUGUUGUCCUGGCGCGACGAGCGCCUCGGCCUCACCGAGCUGCCGAGCACGACGAGGCGCAAGAACCGCACCGCGCCGUACAGGCUCCACCGGCCCCACUUGUCGACGGCUCACGUGCCCGAGCCCGUCCCGGAACCGCAGGGCACUCACAUCUCGAGGUUAUACCCGGAGCUGUUAGCUUUAAUAUUCGAAAGGCUGCCAGUGCGCGACAGAGGAAGAGCGGCCCAAGUUUGCCGCGCUUGGCGCGACGCGGCCGACCGUAGAUCUGUUUGGCGCGGAGUCGAGGCUGCCUUGCAUCUGAGAAGGCCAGCGCCGGUGCUAUUCGCUUCGCUGGCCAGGCGCGGAGUUCGGAAACUACAGGUUCUGUCGCUGAGACGCGGCUUGAGAGACGCUGUCGCCGCUUUGCCCGGAUUAGAAUCUCUCUCUUUGAGCGGUUGUUAUAGUGUAACCGAUGCAGCUCUGGCAAGUGCUUUUGCAGCUGAGCUGCCGGCGCUGCGACGAUUGGACCUCUCCCUGUGUAAGCAGGUUACGGACUCUUCACUCGGAAGAAUAGCGCAGUCAUUAAAAAACUUGGAGGAGUUGGAACUCGGAGGAUGUUGCAACGUCACCGACACUGGCUUGCUCCUGAUCGCUUGGGGCUUGCGAAAACUGCGCCGCUUGAAUUUGAGAUCGUGCUGGCACGUCAACGAUGAUGGAAUAGCGCAUCUCUGCGGCGGGGGCGAAGCGAGAGGGACUCCGGAACUGGAGCAUUUGGGAUUACAAGACUGCCAAAGGUUGACGGACGAGGCUUUGAAACACGCCGCCACUGGGCUUCCCAAACUGAAGUCCAUCAACCUGUCCUUCUGCGUAGCUGUUACCGAUGCCGGUUUGAGGCAUCUAGCGAGGCUUCCACAUUUAGAAGAUGUCAAUUUGAGAGCGUGCGAUGGCGUGUCCGACGCGGGCGUCGCCCACUUGGCGGAGAGUGGACGGCUGAGAGCUUUGGACGUGUCGUUCUGCGACAAAGUCGGGGACGAGGCGCUGUCGCACGCGACGCUGGGGCUCUCCGGGCUGCGCUCGCUGUCGCUGAGCGCCUGCCGGCUCACGGACGAGGGCCUGGAGAGGGUGGCCAGGCUAUCGCAGCUGGAGACGCUGAAUAUAGGCCAGUGCACGCGGGUCACUGAUAGGGGGCUGCGCGCUCUGGGCGAGGGCUUGCGCAAUCUGAAGGCGAUAGACCUGUACGGAUGCACGUGCAUCACUCCGCAGGGCUUGGACCAUAUCGUGAAGUUGCCGCGCCUCAGUGUACUCAAUCUCGGUCUGUGGCAUGUGCGGUGACCACACACGCGCUAGUCUGUGUCCUGUGUCACGUGUGAGUGUGUGAGUGCGACGGCCAUGUUGAAGCGAAGGAGCCGCCGAGGUUGUAUACUGGACAGCGAUUAUGGAAUUAACCAAUUAUAAGAUAUUAAAUAUAGUUAGGAAACGGGGUUGCUUUCUCGUUCUGUUUUUGACAGUUGAGUUAUCGUUGGAAAAUUGUUGGAAUAAACUGUGAUUUUUUUUAAAUGUCCGUUUUAGUUGAGUUAUUGUAAGAAAGUUGCCCCGACGCCUAGUCGCAAGGAAAAUCUAGAUCUUUUUGUCUUAAGCCUGUAUAUGGAUGUUUGAGUUGAAACUCUGCCUCAUUUAUACCUACCUUCUAAAUAAGUUUAACAUCUUUGUAAAUCUGCAUUUACAGCAAAUAAAUGUUUGAUUGAUUGAUUGCACACAAUAUGAUUGUUAAGAAACUACAAGUCCAUACAAAUGUGUAGUAACUAGAUUUCUACCUGUGUGAGAAGAGUUUCAGUUCAAAUUCUCGCAUUUGUUGAGGCAAUGUACGUAAAUGUAGUCAGCGAUUACGAAAAGGUCUAUUUUUUUUUAUAUAAUUGCUCCAUUAGGUAGACACUUAGCCAUUCUUUUAAUUAAUUAUUAUUCUUGAUUCGACCAUGUGCAUUGGGAAAUAGCAAUUUGUUAAUAAGUUUCCCAAAUAACAUGUUUAAGUGGCACUGAGAUUUCAGAAAAUAAUAUUAAGAUUAAAAUAAACCGCAUCUUAAGCAGGCAGCAAGUAUUUUUAUAUCUUUUACUAUUAAUUAUUAUUAAAACAUGUAGUUAUACAUACCUACUUAGUUUUGGUAAUAUUUGAUAGGUUUAUAAUUGACACAAUUAUUAACAUAGACAUUUGGUCUUAUUUUGGGCCUUAAAUCAAAAAUAACUUAUCUACUUACAAGUCUACUUAUAGUUUAUUUUUUAUUUUCAGAGACUAAAGUGACAGUUAAAAAUGUCAAACUUAAAAAUAAUGUUAACAUCUUAACAAAAAUAGUGUUGUCCUCAUGGUCCCGGUUUAGGUUAAAAUCGUUAAUUAACGAUUAAUAAAUCGUUAGUAAAAUAAUAUUUCAUGCAUGAUAAUGAGUAAAAUAAACAUACGAAAUAUGUAAUUACAAGAUUAAAAAGUAGUACUAAACACAUGUUAUUGGAAAGACUUAAAGAAUAAUAGUUAACAUAAAAUAAUUCACCUUAUUUCAACCCAUACAAACUUACACAUACAAAUAUUUAUCGGUAAGUAAUGUAAAUAUCGAUUACACCACAUCACUAUUAAUUUUAAAGAGUCGUAAAAACCACAGACUUACUAUAAUCUAUAUCUAUGUAAAAAACAGACAACCAUACUAUAAUCCAUAGAUAUGUAUAUAAUCUCAUAACUCAAAAUAAAUCGUUAAUUGACAUUCCUACUUUAUUCACGUACAUUUUUGGUAUGAAAAAAAAAUAUGUUAAAGCACUGUUUUGUUGAGUAGCAAAAUAAUCAAAAAUAAUGCUUUGAAAUAAUUAUUUUUCAUUAAAGUACAGUUCAGCCUCUGGGUUCAGUUCACGGCUCUGGGUUCUAGUAAUUUGGAGCAAUGGCGGCAAAUCCGUGCGUCACCAUUGGCCGCUUACGACGUAUGCUAUUGUCAUAUUUUAAUAACUAAUUAAUUGUAUUUUUGCUGGUCAAAAAUUUUAUUGUAAUGGAAAAUGUAUACUCGGUAGGUACUAAAUACUGUGAAGAAAAUUUCAAAGUUUUUUCCCUGCAACAUUUAUCAAGAAAAGCUUAUGAGUGGGUUAUGGGUUGGAUUUUAAGAUAUGAGUUUAGGCAAAGUAGUGUAUGAAACUACAUAAUUAGGUACCAAAACACUCGUGUGAUAUUAUUAAAAACCUCACCUGUGGCGUUUUAAACUUACACUGGGGUUUUCCACCGUUUGACAAAUUAAGUGACCAUUCAAUAUAAAUGCAUGAUAUAUAAAACCAGUAUAUAUAUUUACUUGAAGAAUGGAAGCAGUAUAAAAAAAUAACUUAGUAAGUGCCUACGUGAAUUUUUCUCGUCUUCCUUAGGAUACCUAGGUACUUAUUAAUUUUUUUACUGAAGUUGAUACCGUUUUUACGCAUUUUUUUUUAGUGAAUACAAAAAACAUAUUUGGGAAAUCGUAUUUUCUAUAAUUCAUAUUGCUACAAACUACCAGUUGGUUGGUUGGUUGUGUGGUAUUUGUUUUUUAUAAUCAUCCGGAGUAUGUAAAGCAAUGUUUUUACCAAUGAUUCAGUUAAGAUGCAAGAAUAGUCCAAUUUUCGUACAAAAGGCAUUGUCCUUUAGCAUAUCAAUUUUGAAUGCUAAUAAAAUAUUUCGAACAAAAUAUACAAAUCUGGUCAUAAAUAUAGAUAUUUUGACGAUUUGUUUUUCUACUCAUUGCCACGAUCUCGAACUAUACGUAAUUUUUUUGAUAUUGUUGUUUUUUAUUUUUCUUAUGAUGGCGCAUGGUCGAAUUUAGAAUAAGGUCUUUUUUAAAUAUGUUGUUUUCUGUACAAAACGAAUGUAAUAUAGGUAAAAUGUAUUAAAAGUCAUCGUUUAAGUUGCAAAUUAA